AUGCCGAAUGGAAAUAUAGAUACUCAUUUGAAAGCCUUAGUAUUAUUAGGAAUUUCCGCAAAGACCAUUGGCUCCGAGCACCGUGACACAAAUAGAACAGCCACUAUAUUGUGGGAUGUUCAUUCAUUUUCCCAGAAACAACUAUUUAAUUCGUCUGGUGCGGAAUUGGCCAGAUCUUUACGCGCGCCGUCACAGUUUCAAUGCAAUCACAGUUUCACCGCGGUGUUGGCAGAGACUUCUUUAUUGUUACAGUCUUCAAAACUUCCUUCAGUCGCUACCCGUAAUAAAAAACAGCCUAUUCCUUUAGUUUCUGCUACAAGAUCUGUGAUUAAGCAGGAACUACCAGAGUGCAUUCGCCAGGCUAAAAGGCUUUAUUCGCUACCAUUUAUAACCAUAGAGGAUGCAAAGGACGUGUUGAAGCAAAGUCCAUCGUUACAGCACUGUAAUGUCGAGGAUAUAAUAUCACGAGUAUCAGCUUAUUGUUCUUUACCUCCAACAGUAUCGAAUUUUAGUCGGAUUUUAGACCGAAGAUCUUACGUAACCAGUAGUAGUGCAUAUCGAAUUACUAGUUAUCGAAGACUGCCGCAAUUAGAGGCGGAAGCAAAUGCGUAUCCGAACGAUGCCGCAAAACAAGCUGAAUUCUACAAGGAGUCAUUGCGAGCAAAUAAUCCUCAUGCAGUCAUAAGCAGGUUUGAGCGCGGAAAGUAUGCUGAAGAUGAAGAAUGCUUCCAAGCGUAUGUGACUGCGCUGGCUCGAACAGAUCAAGCUGACAAGAUACUACCAAAAUUUCUCCAGAAACUCGAGCGAGCGAACGCGGUUGGAGGCAAUAAAACAAUCUCUGCGCCCGAUUUAGUUCAGUCCAUAGUUAAUGGACAAGGAAAGAAGAUCACAGUAAGUAACGGCGUUACCUCUACCACAUCUGGUGCUAAAGACAAUCCGAUAUAUGUAGUUGUUGAAGAAGCCCGCGGAUAUAUGUUUUGGCGCGCACUCCGGUGGAUGGGCAUUACAUUCACGUACGCUUUCUGCAUCCUUACUUUCCUGAGCCUUGCUCUCGAAAACUCCGGCUUAUUGAAAACAGGCGCAUCUCAAUCAGAAUACGAGCCAUCUUCUCAACAGGUGGUCAAAUUCUCCGAUGUUCAUGGUGUUGACGAGGCAAAAGAGGAGCUUGAAGAACUGGUUGAGUUUUUAAAAGACCCUUCAAAAUUUACUCAUUUGGGUGGAAGAUUGCCAAAGGGUGUGUUGCUGACAGGACCGCCUGGUACAGGAAAGACGCUGCUUGCGAGAGCAGUUGCUGGAGAAGCUGGAGUACCGUUCUUCUUCAUGUCUGGGUCAGAGUUUGAUGAAAUGUAUGUCGGUGUCGGCGCUCGACGAGUUCGUGAACUGUUUGCCGCUGCGAAGCGAAAGGCACCCAGUAUAGUCUUUAUUGAUGAGCUAGAUGCCAUAGGCUCAAAGCGAAACCCUAAAGACCAGAUAUACAUGAAACAAACUUUAAAUCAACUUCUGGUGGAUCUGGAUGGAUUUUCACAAACAGAAGGGGUGAUCUUUAUUGCAGCGACGAACUUUCCCGAAUUACUUGAUAAAGCUCUUGUUCGCCCGGGACGCUUUGACAGACACGUUGCAGUACCUUUACCUGACGUACGAGGACGUAUGCAGAUAAUACGACAUCAUUUGAAGAACGUGCAAGUUGGAAGUGAUGUGGAUAUCAGCGUUAUAGCAAGAGGCACUCCGGGAUUCUCGGGCGCAGACUUGGCCAACCUCGUCAACCACGCCGCUAUACAAGCAUCGCGUGAUGGUUGUCGGGAGGUAUCAAUGAAACAUAUGGAGUUUGCCAAAGAUAAGAUCCUCAUGGGAGCUGAACGAAGGUCAGCCUAUAUAACGGAAGAAAGCAAAAAAGUGACUGCUUAUCAUGAGGGCGGGCAUGCUCUUGUUGCAUUAUAUACUCCCGGAGCCAUGCCUUUGCAUAAAGCAACGAUAAUGCCACGGGGAGCUUCUUUGGGAAUGACGAUACAAUUACCAGAAAUGGAUAAAGACUCAUUCACAAAGAAAGAAUAUCUCGCCCAGCUCGAUGUUUGCAUGGGCGGAAGAGUGGCUGAAGAGUUAGUGUACGGGAAAGACAACGUGACAUCGGGUGCACAUAAUGAUAUUGUGCAGGCUACAAAGAUAGCCAAACAAAUGGUUACUCAAUUUGGUAUGAGUGAUAAGGUUGGUCCUGUUGCUCAUCAAGAUGAAGACAUGUACCAACUUAGCGCCCAGACAAAACUUGUAAUCGAAAGCGAGAUAAGGUCACUGGUAGAGAGUGCCCAACAACGUGCAGCAAACGUCCUUAAAACGCACAAAGACGAACUUCAACGCUUAGCCGAGGCUUUGGUAAUUCACGAGACGCUCACUCAGGAAGAAAUUGAGCUCGCCAUUAAAGGAAAAUGA